AAUACUUCUAAAACGCAGCGCUUCAAAUAUGUGCAUUUUUUUGGAUCCAACUGCUCUUCCGAUUGACUUAAGGCAGACACAAGCAGAUUCUGGUGUUCUUCUUGAUGACAAUACACAGCUUGGGAGUCAUAGUUCGAAAAUCUACGCUACAAUGUUAGAACUCCAAAAGUCAUCCGUCAGCGACUACAGUGCCAUGGACGAUGAUUGCGACGAAGUCGAGUGGCUUGAAUUCGAAGAUGACAUAUCGGAGCCAUGCAAUACGGCCAGUGAUUCGAUAAUUAUACAACCUCAGAAGGAGCAUUUCCACCGUUUAGCUCUGGAGGUUGGUCAGCAACGCUAAGACGGCGGUGGCCGCAAAUAUUGCUUUCUGAUUAACUUUUCUUUAUGUCUGCUUUCAAGAGCACUUGCUCAAAACAUGUAUUGAUAUUCAAAAUUUAAAAAAAAAAACUUGAAUCAUACAAGAAAAU